CAGCGCCAGUGGUAAGCGCACCUAACACCCAAACAAACAUAGACACCCGAUUGUCGAAGAAGUUUAUAGUUUCAGGAAUUAGUUAUCGUGCUGGUGUUUGCAGCCUUUAUGCAUAUUUGAAUCAUUCUCUCUCUGGAACUAUCUUGCUUCGAAGAAGAUCCAGUCUUCUCUCGUGCACACAUCAGUGAAUAGUCAACACGACAAGUGAAACCUUUACUGAAACUUCCUGUGGAGACGUAAAGAACUAUUUAAAGGACAGACAUUUUACUCAUUUUGGAUGCAUGCUGGUUUUCGAUUUGAAAUUUUUACCCCAAACCCAACUGCCACCAGAGUUUGUUUUGUUGUUUUUGGGCGAGUGUGGCAGAUCCUAAACGAGGUUUCUGAGGGCUUUUUGACCCCUUAUGUCUAUGAAAUCUGAGGUGACUUCUCUCUCUGCUCCGGUUACAAAAUUGGCAUUUAUUAAAUGGGAAUCUUACAGAUGUGAUCGUGUAAUUUACAAAGACAGAAAUGUGGUUAUGAUGCACCAGACAGGAGCGUGUCCAUUUCACUAACCUGAACUGAAAAUCACAGCGAUGUAACAUCGGGCUUUAUUUCCUUCCUUGUCAUGUGACUUUGAACUUUUUGCUCGUUGUUCUUUUUGAACCCAGACUGUCUCUUCACCAGUUUAAUGAGGUGAACUGUGGUUUUAGGUGACCUCUGCUGCCAGUAACAGACUGUCUAAGACUUCAUUUUUCUUUUUUUGCAUGCAUUCAGCUAGAUGUUAAAAUGAUUCGGUGAAAGGUAGAGCAGCUCUGAAGUGUACUGACACACGGUGGCAGGACAGCACCUGCCUCUUCCCGGUUCUGGUGUCAAAGUGGGCCUGUGCACAGUACAAGCAAAUGCUUCCAGAACCCUGAAGGAAUAAACCUGCCAGCAGAGAACGUUUUCCCGACCGGAGAUCGAAGAGCUGCUGCGAUCCGGGGUCAGACAUUAUAACCUGCUGCUUGUAGACCUCUGUGCUUCUACAUCAAAGGUCUUCUUUAGUUCUGUGGGUCACCAUUCAGAUCAUUCCAACAACUUUUUUGGACGUAAACCGUUUCACCCUGGACGAAGGCAUCCGCCUCUGGAGAGAGGGCCUGCUCUGUCCUGGUGGAGGUGGAGUGGGGGGGUUUCUGUGUGCUGCUCCCCAUCUGUUGGUGCACACUUCCUGUGAUCUGUGCCAACGGGCCUGAGGAGCUGAGCCAGAGCGGGCGAGGAGGCAGAGGACUUCAGAGCCACAGACUCUGGAUCCUGGCCAUGAGGUUUGAUGCCUCGAUCCACUGACCGGAAACACUGGACCUAAAUGGCGCAGCAUGACUUUGUCCCUGCCUGGCUUAACUUCUCCACACCCCAGCCUGCCAAGUCCCCUGCUGCCAACCUUGACAAGCAAGGUGAGCCUCACCACCACAGAGACGCCAGACCUGCUGUGAGCCGCCGCCGCCACAACUCCUCUGAUGGUUUCUUCAACAACGGCUCCCUGCGCGCUCCAACAGGUGAUGGGUGGCAGCAGCCCUCACUGCUACUGAGGCAUGACUCGGUGGACUCGGGGGUGGCCAAAGGGGGGCACGGCGGCCUUGCAGGGGGCUCCUGUUGGAAGGAAACACCUAGUUGGCACGGAGCCCCCCGCAGUGCCCAGGACAGCCACCACCACCAGGGACGCCACCCCAAACGGGGGGGAGGCGACAGGGACAGGCAGGGGGGGCACAGGCAGCGUAACGGCAACUUCCAUCCCAGAAAGGGAACCUCGUAUCAGGACAAGUUUCCCAACGAGGAACGCAAAGACGGCAAGGAUGACAAGCUAAAGUUUGUAGAAGAAGACUUUCCCUCCCUCAACCCUGAAACAACUGGAAAGCCUGGUACUCCCAUGCGAGCAGUUGCCCCUCAUGCUGGGGUGUGGGAAAAUCCCCCAAGCGGCAAACAGAUGGUGUCCAAAAUGCUGGUCAUCAAGAAGAUUUCCAAGGAGGACGCGAGUUCGGCCUUCUCGGCAGGAUUCGCCACUGCGGGCGCCUUGCCGACCAACGGCAGCAAAGCUCCCAUCACGGGCUCCAGCGUCUACAAGAACCUGGUCCCAAAGCCUGCUGUGGCCCCCACCAAAAGCACCCAGUGGAAAUCUGGAGGAAGAGAGAUCACAAAGCCGGGUCUUCACGUGCCAGGCCGGGAUUCAGUCUUCACCAGCCCCGUUUCUGCACCCAAGCCCAGCACCCCAGUCAGCGCACCGCAGCACAACACUCAGAAGGAGCACCCUUCCAGCACGACUCCUCCCAUAGACAUCGCUCCGUCGAGGCUGAAGCUGAUGCGCCGCGGACCGGAUCGGAAGAGCGAGUUUCUGAGAGCUCUGAAGGAUGAGGGCACCGGAGAGAUGACGACGAGCAGCAGUCCGGGAACAUCGGGAGAGGGUGAAGGCGGCACCCCAGAGCCCAAAGCCUACAGCGAAGAAGUCUGCCAUGAGAACGGUCUGUCCUACUCACUCAGUGACUCAGACACCGAGCACCUGUCCAGCUCACUAGAGGCAGAGCACAGGUUGCUGAAGGCCAUGGGCUGGCAGGAAUAUCCGGAGAAUGACGAUAACUUCCUCCCGCUGACGGAGGACGAGCUGAGAGAGUUCCAGACUAAAACCGAACAGCUGAAGAAGAACGGCGUACAAAGAAACGGCUUCCUCCCGAGGACUCGGGGCGUGACCCUCCACUUCACCCCCUGGAGGAGUGUGGCAGAGGCGCGCGUGGAGGAGGGUUCCGAGUCGGAAACCAGUAGCAGCAGCCAGACUUCAGACGACGAGGACUGCAUCAAAUCCUAACAUGGCUUUACGGAAAAAGAAGAACCCAGAGAACAGCCAACACCACAUCCCAGCAAGCAGCCCCCUCUUCCUCCCUCAUCUUCGUUUUUAGAGCACCGUUUUGAGUUUCUUGAUCUUUUUUUGUUCGUUUCGUCAUUCUUGCACAAGGGAAAAACCAAUCAUAUCCCAGUGAAGGGGGAGAUUCCUGCUCUGCCAGACGUCGUUUUCCCUGCGUUUCCUCCUUCGCUGCAGUCUUUGACCUCUGACCCCUCCCCACACCUCUUUUCUUAUUUUCUUCCUUGCUUUAUGGAACUGAAGUGUUCAUCAAGAAAAGAAGGGCAAUGAAUGCACACUUGAUUCUGCUUUAAACAGACUAACUCAUGAUGCUGAUGACACAUUAUUAAUGAUGAUAAUAAAAGUUGGUUCCUGAUGAGUUGAUAUGGUUCACUAUG